UUGAAUAUUUUCCUGGUAGAGGUGAACACUGCAUGCCCUUGUUUACCUAGUUUGAAUGUUACCUGCACAGGACACACUGGAAGCGGCGUAGGGAAUUAGUCUUUUCAGCUUUCACCAUGACGUCGUCAGAGAAAGAUCUGAAGAAGAUAUCCUCAGAGCUGAACCACCUUUCACUCAAAAGGCAGCAACUUCUGGAGAGGAAGAAAAUCCUGAGAAUAUUUCAGGAAUUAAGGAAUCGUGCCGAAUUUGGACAAACAGAGGAGGCAGCCUCAAAUCAGUCUGAGAUUGACAACAUCGAUGACAAACUGAAACAACUGACUGAAAGAAAGGCUGAGCUCCAGAAAAGCCGCGACACCCUCCUCAGUGGCGAUGAUAAGAUGAAAUGCAUUAAAGAGGUUACGUUCAAGUCCACUCAGAAGAAUGAGUCUGGUGAUCCUGAUCCUGCUGCUGGCAUAAAUAUUUUCUAUGUUGAGGCUCCACCUAUGAUCCCUGCCCCUAAAGUGAUUCUGGACGUGGAAAACCUUCCCCCGUGUCCAUCCAGGACACAGUGCCCAGAGUGUCGGCAGUUCAUCAUGACAGAAACUUUCACCUCAGUCAGCAGUGUGACCUGGCUGGUGUGUGUCAUGACAGCUUUGAUUGGGUAUGACACCCCCCUCCCCCCUUUGUCCUGGAGAAUUAUUUGCCUGUUUGUAUUUGUGCAGCCAUGCGCAUCUACUGUAUGCCUCCAUUUCAUUUUUGUUCCUGUUCCUUGUUUCACAGCUGUGUGGCUGGUUGUUGCCUCAUUCCCUUCUGCCUCGAUUCGUUUAAAUCUACCACACACAGAUGUCCAAAGUGUCGAACAUCAAUCAGCACUAUUAAAAAGCUCUGAGAGGAGAGCAUGUGGUUCGAAGAGUGAAGAACACUGAAGCGUUCAACCUAAUGGUGAAGUAGUAUUUCAGCAGCAUGGCGCUCUUGUGCUCUUUUUUUUUUUUUAAAUGGAGCACAA